CCCGGGCGCGCUGCGAGCGGCGGGCGCGCACGCCGCGGGCGGCGCCAGCCGCGCCCGCAGCCGCGGCGGGCGGCGGCGGCAGGCACAGCGUCUGGCUGGAAGCCGCACCCGGAGCGGAUCGGGGCCACGCUGCCCCUCGCCAAUGCGCAGGACCAGGUCCGCAGGAGGACAUGCUCCUGUGGGACCUGGCGGGCUCCUGCAGGGGCGGCGACGAGGCGACGCUCGACAGAUACCGCGAGGCGGAGGUGAAGCACAGGCGCGUCGCGGUGCUGGCGGUCGUGGGCCUCGUGGUCCAGCACCACGCGCACAUCAAGUGCGGUCGGGCCUGGGUACUAGAUCGAGGUCGAUUCGGAAAGGGUAGCCUGCUGGGGGGGACGCGAAACAGGUUUUAGAGCAGUCCCUUUAAGCUGGAUGUGGGCGACUCUUGUCGGCGGCGGGGGCUGCGUCUUGUCAGUGCUUUGUCGGCGUCCCGGCCGUCUCUUGUCAGUACUUUGUCGGCGGCUGGGCCGCCUCUUGUCAGUUGCUUUGUUGGCAACCUGGCUGCGCCUUGUCGGUAUUUUGUCGGUCGUCCGGCCGUCUCUUGUCAGUGCUUCGUCGGUGGCCACGCCGCUCCGUGUCAACGCGUUGUGCUUUGUAGGCGGUCAUGCCACGUCUUGUCAGUGUUUUUUCGGCGGCCAGGCCGUCUCUUGUCAGUGCUUUGUCGGCGGCCUGGCUACACCGUGUCAGUACUUUGUCGGUCAACUGGCCGUCUCGCGUCAUUACUUUGUCGGUUAGCGUCAACGUCAACACCAGCCUCGCCACCAUCAUCA